AUGGUAUCAGUUGGACGCAUUGCUGUACUAAUUGAUUUGUCCGGAACGCUACAUAUUGACGAUAUUUGUAUUGCGGGAGUUCCAGCAGCUCUACAACGAUUGAGGGAUAAUCCUCGUUAUGCUAUCAAAUUUGUUACCAAUACAACAAAGGAAUCAUUGGGUAGACUUCAUGUAUGCCUUACAAAGCUUGGAUUGGGAAUUAAACGAUCAGAAAUAUUUACUUCACUUAUGGCAGUUAAACAUUUCAUCAAAAAGGAUAAUCUACGACCGUUGUUACUUCUAGAAAAUGCUGCACUUGAAGAUUUUGAAGAUGUGGAUGUUAAGGAACCAAAUGCAGUAGUUGUUGGACUUGCUCCCUCCAAAUUCACUUUUGCAUCUUUAAAUAACGCAUUUCGAUUACUAUUAGAGGGUGCGAAAUUGGUUGCCGUUCAUAAAGGACGAUAUUAUAAACAAAAAGAUGGUUUGUCAUUGGGACCAGGUCCAUUCAUAGAAGCUCUUGAAUAUGCUGCCGAUGUUAAUUCUCAAGUGGUCGGUAAACCGGAACGUGCGUUCUUUUUGACGGCUUUAGCUAGUAUCGAUGAAUCUUUAACGCCGCAACAAGCUGUGAUGAUUGGUGAUGAUGUUCGGGAUGAUGUUCUUGGGGCUAUUAAUGCUGGAAUGCAUGCAAUCCUUGUAAAAACUGGCAAAUAUUGUAAAGGCGAUGAACUUCAAAUACCUGAGGCUUCAAGGAACUGUGUGGAGAGUUUUGUAGAAGCAGUUGAUUUAAUUGAAAAAAAUCUUGUGAAGUGA